CUGUCAAGAGGCGGUUCUGAAUGACAGCUGCCUCAGAGGCACGUAGAUCCGCUGAUAUUAAGUUGGCUGUGAGCUGAGUCGUCUUUACUCAUGAGCAAACUAAAAGGUGGAUCCUGCGCUGCCGUUUGAUUUCACUGACACGCUCAUUAUCACACUGGACAAUGCUGCGGGUCGGCCGUCUGAGAGGAGGAAACAGGGGGGCCGACGCUGGCCGUCUGUUCGGAGCCAUGCUCAGCCAGGCAGUGAAUGAAUGGGUGCAGAGGGCAUUCCAGAGCACUUCCAGUGCAGUAGCUCCACAGCCGCACCGUGCAACUGAUGGUACUGAGCCUGCGCAGCAGGGAUGUCCAGUCUGCAGCUACAAUGACUGGGAUCCUCUUGAGGAGGUGCUCGUGGGUCGCGCUGAAAACGCCCAUGUGCCUCCCUUCACUGUUGAAGUGAAAGCUACCGCAUAUGAAAAGAACUGGCCCUUCUUCCAGAAGUAUGGAGGCAAGCCUUUUCCUGCGGACCACUUGAAAAAAGCGGUUUCUGAGAUUGAGGAAAUGUGCAAUAUUCUGUGUCACGAGGGCAUCACUGUAAGACGGCCAGAGCCCAUUGACUGGUCCGUGGAAUACACAACUCCAGACUUCAAAUCAUCAGGAAUGUAUGGUGCCAUGCCCAGAGACAUCCUUUUGGUUGUGGGAAAUGAGAUAAUUGAGGCUCCUAUGGCCUGGAGGGCUCGCUUCUUUGAGUACCGAGCUUACAGACCUUUGAUCAAGGAGUACUUCAGAAAUGGAGCUAAAUGGACCACUGCUCCUAAACCCACUAUGGCUGAUGAGCUGUAUGAUCAGGACUACCCCAUCCGCUCAGUGGAGGAGAAACAGAAGCUAGCUGCGGAGGGGAAGUUUGUGACUACAGAGCACGAGCCCUGCUUUGAUGCUGCCGACUUCAUGCGAGCUGGGAGGGAUAUUUUUGUCCAGAGGAGUCAGGUUACAAAUUACAUGGGUAUUGAGUGGAUGCGCCGCCAUCUGGCUCCAGACUACAAGAUCCACAUCCUUUCAUUUGAUGACCCUAACCCCAUGCAUAUUGAUGUCAGUUUUAACAUCAUCGGACCAGGACUGGUGCUGUCAAACCCUGAUCGCCCGUGUCACCAGAUUGACAUGUUCAAGAAGGCUGGCUGGACUAUUGUGAAACCUCCACCACCUCGGAUGCCUGAUGACGACUCAAUGUGGAUGGCUACCAACUGGUUGUCCAUGAACAUCCUGAUGCUGGAUGAGAAGCGAGUUAUGGUUGAAGCCAAUGAAAGCCCCAUUCACAAAAUGUUUGAGAGCCUUGGUAUCAAGACCAUAAAGGUGAAUAUUCGCCAUGCCAACUCCCUUGGUGGUGGCUUCCACUGCUGGACAACUGAUAUCCGCCGCCGUGGUACCCUACAAUCCUACUUCCACUAGACUUCCCAGAAACAGGCAGUGUUUAUUGAGCUUUGAAGAUUAAACCCUCAGUCCCAAAUCUUAAUUCCAUUUCUAAUUAUUGAUUCUUUAUUGGCCGUUGAUGGUGUAUCUACGUACAUAAUCAUAAAUCUGAUGGUAGCGAAUUUCUUUAAAAAAGUAUUUGUAAUUUGUGUUUAGGUUUCACCUGCUGCAACUCAAAGUCAAAGCAUCCAUCCAUCUAUCAUCUGUAACCACUUAUCCUAUUCAGGGUCGCAGAGGGGCUGGAGCCUAUCCCAGCUGACACUGGACAAGAGGCAGGGUACACCAGACUAUCACAGAGCUGCAGAGACAGACCACUAUUCACACUCGCAUCCACACCUAUGGGCAAUUAAGAAUCACCAAUUCACUUAACCAAACUACUUUUUUUUCUUAAAAAGGAACCAAACAACCAUAGUUUCAGGAUGAGGUCGCCCCACCAAUUGUACAUUGGACAUACAAGGAUAAAGAUUUGCAACAAAAGAUUUAUCUAACAAGUUUCAAAAUUUUGUUGGGUUACAAACAUUAGACAGGGUUUCCACGAUCAUGGGAAACCUGGAAAAGUCAUCGAAUUGCAUAAUCACAUUUUUGAGGCCUGGAAAGGCCAUAGAAUUUUGUUAUCUUUUACAGCAAUCUUCCAUGAGAAACCUUCCACAUAAUGGAUACUUAUUUUCUGUAGUCUGAUGACAUAAUGUACUUGUAAUAUGCGUCAUUGUGUGAAAUUUACCAUCAAGUACAUUUCAUCAUUUUCAUUUUAGUUUGAAACUGAUAUGUCUGAGAAACAUCAGGGAAGAGGUGUUAUAAAAUAUAUUAUGGGUCCUUGAAAAAUCAUGGAAAAGUUUUGAAAUUUUUCUCAUGAAAAUGUGUGGGAACCCUGAUUAGAUGGGACACCAUGACAAAAUGCUUCAUUGGGACACCUCUCAUCUAAAGGACAGUGCUAUGGUUAGGAAGUCAGCUAGGAAGCCAGAAAACCCAGAAAAAAAACCUGACACGGUGAGAACAUGCCAACUCUACAAAGAAGGGUCUCAGCUGGCUAGGGGGUUUUAGCCACUCGCUUGCUGUUAAGUGACAGGGUUAACCACUGCCACAUCAUGCCUCCCAAAGUCAAAGCAGUAAACAGUAAUUUCUUCACACCAUUACUUCAGUCAGUAAUCUCCAUAUUAACUGCAUUUCUGGCCUGGCUUUUGUGAAGCUAAAUUGUUCAUGGCUCAUACAUCUAAAAGUAAUAACUUUGAGGAUAAAGUACAGUUUGGUAUGUUAAAGUCAUCAAACAAGAAAGACAGAAUCUACCUACGUCAGAAACUGUAACUCUAUCUUUUUUCCAAAUAUUUUUCUAUUUAAAGAAAUGUAUAAAAGUUGUUAAGUAGAUCAUUAAAAAAAUAUUCAUGCCUUAUCUCUAGAUUAUUACCAGUAAAGAUUUUGACUAAACAGAAAAAGUUAUAUUUUUAUCUGCCAUUCACUGAAAAAGCAUUCGGUCCAUAUCAUAUAUGUAUUUCCUUCGCCUUUUCUCCUAUUACGUAUCCAGGCCAAUUAUAUGCUAUGAGUCAUUCUCACUGAACUGCUUGGUUGCUUUUGUGUGCAAAGCAAAAAUGCCUGGUACCAAAAAAAAAGAUACAUAAAUUUGCUUUUUGUUAUAGCAAUUAUAUUAGAAUAAUAUGCUCAGUAUUUCCUGGUUUGUAAGAGAGGGUCUUUGACUGGACCAUUAUUGGACGUGGCUGUCUGCCUUGUAAAGUCUUGCAGUUUUUGGUGUUCAGCUAUGACCAUUUUUGUCCAAGCAGUGACGUCCCCAUCUGACCAAUGUUUGCUGGGUUAACAGCAAACAUUAAGUUAAAAAUACAUCAUUACUUCAAGUAAAAGUUCUACAAGCAAAAGUUGUACUUAAAGGAUUGUUAUGCAGGAUUGUCCAUUAUGCCAGGUUCAGACUACUGUUCACUAUGUUACUAUGUCAGAUUAGGUGAUUGUGAAGUCAUAAAAUCUUGCUGUGACUUGGCUGACAGACAUGACAGACUACACGUUGGUCCACAACCAGUCAUACCUGCUCCUCUUUCAUGAAAUGCCUGAUGUCAUUGGAUUAUUUUCGUCCUAUUUUUUUUUUUUUUUUUUUUGGUUGUUUUUUGUUUGAACUCAUGGCGUGAUACAUUAACUUUAAUAAGGCAAACGGGAGCAGAUUAAAAAUAAAAGAAGAAAAAUACAGAGGGAAUGAGAAAUA